AUGCGGCUGUCCUGCAAGGUGGCGGCGGCGCUGCUGGCGCUGGGCAGCCUACUGCUGCUCUACCUGCUGGUCGGCAGCGCCGCCGCGCCUCCGCGCCCGCCGCCCGCGCCCUCCGCACCCGCCCGCCCCGCCUCACCCGUCGGCCGCCGGCAGCCGAGGCUCAGCCGGAGUCCGCCGCGGAGGAACGCGCCCGGGGGCGGACUCGCCGCUGCCAGGAAGCCUGGAGAACAAAAACGUUCAAAAGAGCCUUCAUCUUUACAGUGCAUGCAUCUGGCAGUUGUGGCUUGUGGGGACCGGCUGGAAGAGACUCUCAUCAUGCUGAAAUCAGCAGUUCUGUUCAGCAACAGGAGGCUCUGCUUUCACAUUUUUUCUGAGGAUUCCCUUAAGCCUGAAUUCAACAAGAAAUUACAGGAAUGGCCCUCCUCGUAUACAAAGAAAUUUGAAUACAACAUUUACCCAAUAACCUUCUCAGUAGGAAAUGCUCAGGAAUGGAAGAAGUUAUUCAAACCAUGUGCUGCCCAGCGCCUUUUUCUUCCGGUUAUUUUAAAGGAUGUGGAUUCUCUCCUUUACGUGGACACCGAUGUUCUCUUCCUGAGGCCCAUCGAUGACAUCUGGCACAUCCUGAAAGAAUUCAACUCAACGCAGCUAGCUGCUAUGGCCCCAGAGCACGAGAUACCAAAGAUUGGCUGGUACAGUCGAUUUGCACGUCACCCGUAUUAUGGGACAACUGGAGUCAAUUCUGGAGUGAUGCUAAUGAAUUUAACACGGAUACGCAACACUCAGUUCAGGAACAGCGUGAUACCGAGUGGUUUGACUUGGGAGGAAAUGUUAUACCCACUGUAUCAAAAGUACAAAAACUACAUUACAUGGGGAGACCAGGAUUUACUAAAUAUUAUUUUUUACUUUAACCCAGAGUGUCUCUAUGUGUUUCCAUGUCAGUGGAACUACCGACCUGACCACUGUAUGUAUGGAAGUAACUGUAAAGGUGCAGAAGAAGAAGGUGUCUCUAUUCUGCAUGGAAAUAGAGGUGUCUACCAUGAUGAUAAGCAGCCUACAUUCAAGGCACUCUACGAAGUGAUACGUGAUUUUCCAUUUGAAGACAAUCUCUUCCAGUCUUUGUACUAUCCUCUUCAGUCUAAGUUCCUGGAUACAGUGCACACUUUAUGUGGGAGAAUUCCACAAGUAUUUUUGAAGCAAAUUGAGAAAACUAUGAAGAAGGUGUAUGAAAAUCGUGUCAUUGUCUACCUGGGGGCCAACCACAGAUACUAAAUGUAGUUGUAUUUUUACGUGAAACUUGCACCUAGGUGGCUUGUGCCUGGAUGUCUUAAAGCAUUUAAAUGAAGGAUGUCACUCUUUGUCUUAAACUCAGACAAAAAAAAAUCCUUAAUCAAUUUCCUAGUAGCUCUCUGAAAUUAUGAAGUCUGAAGAAGUCCUGGAGAUCCACCUAAACAGUCCUUUCGUUCUUUUCCUGGUUGAUUGUCUUUUUUUUUCCUUCUUUUUGGUUGCAACAGGAAGAGUUGAUGAUUCUCACUUUAUGAGUUUACU